GAUUCCGGCUGCUCGAUGCUGCCGUAUCGAUCGGUUGAUCAGUGUCGCGCGUGUAGCCGAAACGUUUGGUCGGACGGUGCAUCGCGGUCGCCUCGUCGGCAGGGCAGGCCGAGUGGAGCGCGCGUACAAGCGGCGAGAAAGAGAGCGAGAGAUAGAGAGAGAAAGAGAAGAAGAGAGAGAAAGAGAUUCGCGCAUCCCGCGCGAAGCGGUAAGGUCGAUCCACGCGGUGCAGGCGCGGUGCGUGCGAAGAGAAGUGUCGUGACUGCCGUGUCCACUGACGAGUGUCCCGCGCGCGGAAAUCGCACGUUCCCGGUGUCCGCGCGGUGGAACGUUCCGCGGGUAGUAGCGCUGCCGCUAUGUAGCGCCGGGCGGUGUGUAAAUGAAACGGCGGCGUAUACCACGCUCGCGUGCCGAGGGGAGGGUAUCGUCCGCCGUAACCGCGGCCGCGGCGGCAGCGGCAGCUCGACGACAACGGCGGCGACGACGACGACGACGACGACGGUGACGGUGACGGUGACGACUACAGUGACUACGGCGGGAGUGAUAGGAAUGGCGCGCAAAUGUUGCGUGCGUAGCUGCAAGGCGGACGUGCGGGAGGCGCGCGCUAAAGGACUUCCGCUACACAAGUUCCCCAAGGACGCCGCGCUGAGGGACAGGUGGUUGGGCAGCGGUGGCUUCGAGGCGAGUUUCAAGCCGACGCCAGGCCAGGUCGUCUGCCAUAGGCAUUUCAAACGCGCCGACUACGAGACCGCGCGGGGCGGUCACAAGCUCCUGCUCAAGAGGGGCAGCGUGCCCACCGUCUUCGCGGACUAUGACGAUCAUCCCGAUCCUGUCAUCAUGUCAGUGAAGUCUUCUACAUCUUAUGCUCAAGAAGACUUGGAUCUGAUUAAUUCAGAAAUACUGAAUUUAGAAACUUCUGCCUCACCGUUGUUAUCCGAGGCGAGAACACCCAAGUCUGAUAGUUGCGGCGAGACAUGUUACUCCAGACCCGAAUCGUCGGCAGACUCCUUAAACCUCCCUGAUAAUUCGGAAGUAGCGGAUAAUGAAUGCAAAAUGACUAAUCUGAAAGAAAAUGACAAGAUAUUCGUGAAGGACAAAUCUAUCGAAAAUAUAUCGGAUAAUAAAGUGAAUACCGUAGCGAUGCAACUUGGUAUUGUCGAAUCAGAAACAACAAUGAAAAGUGAUACCAAAGAUCUAAUGGUGAAGGAGGAAUUAAAAUUGCCCGGGAACAAGGAAUUCGACAAAUCGGAAGAGUUGAAGCCAAAAAUUUUAAAUCGCGGUGGCUUGAAAUUUUAUCCCGGUGCCAAAUUGGAAGCGAAAGAUUUUAGUGAAAAAUGGUAUUCUGCAAAAGUGGUGGAAGCAGAUUGGGACGAGAGAGAGGUUCUAAUACACUUUGACAAGUGGAAUUCGAGAUUUGACGAAUGGAUACCGAUGGAUAGCUCUAGGCUUCGUGUAUUACAAACACCACAGAACGAACAAGCUUGGAUCCCACCACCUCCGGAAACGAAGAUGAAGGAGUUCACGGUGGGUGAUCGGGUGCUCGCUACAUGGGGAGAUGGCAAAAAAUAUCCAGCCAAAGUGAGCGCGGUCUUGACAAAUGACAGGUACAACGUGUUGUUCGAUGAUGGAUACGCGAAGAUCGUCAAGUCGUCGAAAAUGACUAAGAUCGCCACAGAUUCCAGCAAGCCAUUAACCGAAUUAGAUAGCUAUAUCGGUAGCAAACAAGAAAGAAGGGAUAAAAAACGGAAGCACAGAGUUAGAGACUUGUUUAACUCCAGAAGACGCACGAAACCCGACGUCGACAAAGUACCAAAGAAAGAGGAGACCACUAUCAAGGACAGUGAAGAAGGCUCUAUGGAAAACAAGAUUGAGAUAGACAGUACUCUGUAUGGUCCCUGUUACGAUCCAGGGACAGAUUUGUUGAAAGGUUUUGAAUCUACUCCAAAGAUCAAAUCAUAUUCGAAGAAAAGUAAAAAAGAAAUGCCAAAGAAUGAUGCAGAUCCUGAAGAAAAUUAUGGUCCCGAAUGGAUCAAUGGGCAACCACAAGGAAAGGAGGCUUUUAUUGUAGAUGGUAAUGAUGGACCACGCAGAUCUAUAAUAAUAGAAGACAAGAGAUUACCAUCUGAUUGGCAAAAACACUUUACGCAACGAAAAGCUGGCACGUCUGCUGGGAAGUGGGACGUCUUGUUCAUACAUACGCUAACCGGGAAGAAGUUUAGAUCAAGAAAUGACAUCAGGGUGUUUAUGGAAAAUCAAGGGCAGUACGAUUUCGAUCCGGAAAGAUUUGACUUUUGUAUACAUCGAAACAGGAAACGAAGUUAUGCGUAUCGCAUGAAACAGGAAGUUUCGCCGGAAAUCAAGAAAAUCAAAACUUUAUUGCCUAAAACGAAAACGCCUGACAAUACGUUACUUACCACGGCAACUAGCGGUAUCGACGGUACACCCAUCGCCACAACACCUACUACAUCUACUACGGAUGGUGAGAUGAACUAUUCCGUCUUUAUCGGACUUCGUGGUGGACUUCGUGUGAAAAUGGAGGACAGUGCUUACAAAUGUCCUAAGGAGGGAUGCAACAAAAAUUUUCGAAAAGAAAACUUGCUGCAGAUGCAUAUUAAGCAUUAUCAUCCGGAAUAUUCCAAGUUUCUGGGAUCUACUCCAAAAGUUGAAGACUUGGCUUACGCAAGAACGAUCGGAGAAUCUAUAGAGGAUAUAAUCCCCAAAAAGUCAACGACGUUCUUAGAAAAAAUAAAUAAAUCAGCAAAAAAGAAAUCCCUUCCUGAGAAAUCAUCGUCUACUUUAUUACAAUCGACGUUGAGUACUGUGCAACCGACAUCACCGUCAAUACCUGGUUCGGCGAUGCCAGAAGAGGAGGAGAUUGAGCAGUCGGAAAAAUGUAAUGAUUCACAGAAGGAGGAUAUAAAAAUUGAAACAAUGUCACCAAUGUCUAAUCAUAGUUUGGAAAUAAACGAUGAUAUUGAAAAGAAAAGAGAGAAUGUCUGCGCACUGUCCCCUGGUACGUUAUUUGACAUGAAAGUAAAGGAGGAAAAGGCGCAAGGCGGUAUUAAAACGCUAUUGCCUGUAAGACCAAUCGGAACGUCGGAGACGCAAAGAAUUGAUAGGACAAAAUCUCUGGAUGAAACGCACAGCGAGCGUAUAAAAAAUCAGAAAAGAAAGCAACUCGCUGAAUAUAGCGCGGAUCUGUCUACUAAAACAAAGAAACGACACGGUAUGUCAGAUCUUACCGAUAGUUUUGGUGAUCUAGAUGACAGUGCUAUGGAUAUCGAAGGACCUACAGCACUUAUGUAUAGAUAUAGCCGUAGAAAAUCCGACUCAAAAAGCGAUGAAAAUAGCCAGAAUAGUCAACUAAAUGAUUCACGCAUUGAAAAAGCUGAUCCCUUAAAAGGGGAUGCAAUCAAAACAGAUAUUAAUAAUGAUGAAGAGAGCGAAGGAGUGAUGAUGAUGAUUAACGGCGAAAUGGUAAAAGUAGAACAGCUUCGAAGAGAAGAAAUAAUAAAUUGCACUUGUGGUUUUAUGGAAGAGGAUGGUUUGAUGAUACAGUGCGAUCUCUGUCUCUGCUGGCAACACGGUCAUUGCAACUUUAUUGAAAAGGAAAAGGAUGUUCCCGAAAAAUAUAUUUGUUACAUAUGUCGAAAUCCAUAUCGGCAACGGCCGUCUAAAAAAUAUUUUCAUGAUCAAGAUUGGAUUAAAGAAGGAAAAUUAUCAAGCUUGUCUAAUCGAACUCGGAAUCAAUAUAUAAUAAAUCAAAGGACUGCAAUGUUAAAACGUUCUUAUGACUUAGUUGCCGCACUUUUACAAAUUCAACAACUUCUUCACAGUUUGCAUGUAAAAAUCAACGUAGCACAAAAAAAGGAUCAUCCGAAGCUAUAUCUUUGGGCCAAAAAUUGGGAGAAAAUAGAGAUACCAAAGAUAGAUAUGGAACCGGUACCAGUGAUGGAAAUAACUAAAGCGGUAAAUUUUACCGACACCGGUUCGGAGAUUCCGCGACGUAUCGAGACGAAGGCGGAUAUCAAGUUGCCUCUGAAGGACGAUCAAGAUGAAAAGUCAAUCGCUUCUGAUUCGGAAUUGAUGAAAAUUUUGGAAGAGGAUAGUACACACUCUGAUGAAACCAAAAUUAUCAGCAAGAAGGACGGUUUGAUGAAUCCGAAGGACAGUCAUAUACUCUUAGAUGCGUUAACAAGUGGUACAUCAGACAUAAAAGAAGAAAAGAGCAGUGAUAUGACAGACAUUAAAACGGAAAGUGCAGAUUUGUUAGAUGAGAAAACCACUAUUGGUAAUCCUGUAUCAGAGAAUCUCAAUUCUGGGUCACUUAUUGACAAUGUUCAACAAGAAUCUAGUUUAGCCCUCGAGAGCGAAGUCUCCACUUUUCCACAGCCCUUUAUACCGGAACCUGAGGCGCCGAUCGAUCCAGCCGAGUGCCGAAUGCGAUUGUUGGAGCACAUCGAACAUUUUCAAUGUCAUAUUGAUUCAAGAUUAACGUCUAUAGAAGCGCAAAUUUUUGCUCUAGAGACAAUGGAUCCGGAUGAAUUUGUAUCGGAUCCGCACGUUCAACCCCGUACGAAGCAAACUGUACAGAUGCUUCUUCGUGAUUUGAAUACAGUACGAAAACUAGCAGCGCUAUGUUGAGAACGUUAUCAAACUUAAGGGUAUAAUUUGUGGCACGUGUAAAAACGAUUGAUUCGUAUCAAUACGUUCCAAAUUCCCGAUCAUCACCAUAAUUACUAUUACCAUGAUUAUUAUUACUACUGACAUAACGUAUAAUAUAUUUAUAUAUGUAAAUAAAUGAGUCAGGUAAUAUAGUGAUAUUUUUCCUAAAUUAGUAUCCAAUACAUAUAUAUAAUUAUUUUUAAUAGUUUUCUCUUACCAAAAAUAAAAUUUAAUUAUUUAAGAUUGUUAAA